ACUAUUUAUCACGUGACUUUUCCAGCGAGCUGUUGAGCUGUUUGAAUUUUUCGCUCCUUUUUCAACAUUUUUUUCGUAAAAAAAAACAAAACAAAAAAUGAUGAAUCGACGUAAAACAAUUAAUCCACGUUUAUUAUUAGCUAAUCAUCAACAGCAACAAUCAGCAGAAGAUGAUGUAGAUUUAGAUAAAAUUGAUAAUUUUAUUCGUAAUCAAUUCGCUAUAAUUGAAUUAACUGAUAUACGUGAAAAACAGUCGCGACUUAAAUCAAAAGAAAAAGAAUUGUUGGAAAAUUUAGAUCAACUUGAAAAAUUAAAAAUUGAUUUCGAAAAACUUUUCAAUGAAUAUUCGGAAUUACGUAAACAAUUACGUCGUUAUCGUUUAUUAUCACGAACAUUAUUGCAAGCAGAAAAUGUUGAAAAAUUUGCCAUCGAAUUACAACAUCAUUGUACUGAGCAAAAAAUUCCAAUCGAAGAUGAUGAAAAAAUCCUACAAACAUUAUCAAAUACCAUACAAUCAUAUCAAACAUUAUCGGAUGAAAAUCUAUUGGAAAAUAUACGUAAAUUUCAGCAAAAAAUUCUAGAAAUUUUGGGUAAAAAUUUUCAAUUACAAAAUCAUCCUGAAUCAUAUCAACAUAUAAAACGUUUAUUAAAUGAAUGUAAAGAACAAUGGCAAUGUUCAGAAAAUCUAACAACAACAUUUAAUGAAUUUGAACGUAUUCGUCAAUGGAUAAAAUUACAUGAAAGAAAAAAAUAAUAAUCAUUUUUGAUAAUUUACAUUAUAAAAACAAUAAUAAUAAUAAUUUCCA